CAGAUUAUGGAAGAAGCUGUCACCAGGAAAUUUGUACAUGAAGACAGCAGCCACAUCAUUGCUCUGUGUGGUGUGGUGGAGACCUGCCUGUUACAUCAGCUGAGGCGUCGGGCUGCGGGCUUCCUGCGCAGUGACAAGAUGGCGGCCCUUUUCACCAAGGUGGGGAAGACCUGCGUGGUAGCUGGAGAAGUCUGUCGAAAGGUGCAGGAACUGCAGCAGCAGAUGGACAGCAAGAAGUCAGCAGGAAGCAACCAGGAGGCCCUUCGGAGACAGGGGUCUACUGGAGGGAAAUCCCCAGCCCUCAGCCCCCAGGCCCUGAGGCACAUUUGGGUGCGUACAGCCCUCAUCGAGAAGGUGCUGGACAGAGUUGUGCAGUAUAUUGUGGAGAACUGCAGCAAGUACUAUGAGAAGGAAGCGCUCCUGGCAGACCCCGUGUUUGGCCCUAUCCUGGCCUCUCUCCUAGUGGGUCCCUGUGCUCUGGAGUAUACCAAGCUGAAGACGGCAGACCACUAUUGGACGGACCCCUCUGCUGACGAGCUGGUCCAGAGGCACCGCAUCCGCGGCCCCCACGGCCGCCAGGACUCCCCCUCCAAGCGUCCGGCCCUGGGAGUCCGCAAGCGGCACUCAAGCGGGAGCACAUCAGAGGACCGAUUCGCAGCCUCUGCCCGGGAGUACGUGGAAUCCCUCCAUCAGAAUUCCCGAACGCACCUGCUCUACGGCAAGAACAACGUGCUGGUGCAGCCGAAGGAAGACAUGGAGGCUGUCCCUGGCUACCUGUCCUUACAUCAGUCUGCAGAGAGUUUGACUCUGAAGUGGACUCCCAACCAGCUCAUGAAUGGAACUCUGGGAGACUCAGAGCUAGAGAAGAGUGUGUAUUGGGACUAUGCCCUUAUCGUGCCCUUCAGCCAGAUUGUCUGCAUUCACUGCCACCAGCAACAGAAUGGUGGAACGCUGGUGCUGGUGAGCCAAGAUGGUAUCCAGAGGCCUCCUUUGCACUUCCCCCAGGGAGGCCACCUUCUGUCCUUCCUGUCCUGCCUGGAAAAUGGGCUUCUGCCCCGAGGACAGCUAGAGCCACCACUGUGGUCCCAGCAGGGAAAGGGGAAGGUCUUCCCCAAGUUGCGGAAGCGGAACAGCACCAUGCGGUCUAUGGAUCUGGAGGAUACAGUGAUGGACGAAGGGCGUGCCACUGACUAUGUGUUCCGGAUCAUCUAUCCAGGCCACAGGCAUGAGCACAUCACUAUUAACUACCACCACUUAGCUGCCAGCCGCGCGGCCUCGGUGGACGAUGAUGAGGAAGAGGAAGAUAAACUGCAUGCGAUGCUGUCAAUGAUCUGCUCCCGGAACCUCACAGCUCCCAAUCUGAUGAAAGAUGCUGGGGACAUGAUUGAGAUGCAAGGCUUUGGGCCAAGCCCACCAGCCUGGCAAUUUGAGCCUCCAAUUGGCCACAGUUCCUGUCUCUCCUGCUCUAUCAGAGGUUCACCCUAUGACCCACCCAACUACUGCAACUGUGCCCAGGACAGAAUGCCCCUGAGACUGCUGUGUGAGAACAUGAAGAGACAGAUCGUGUCCCGGGCCUUCUAUGGAUGGCUGGCAUACUGCCGACAUCUGUCCACUGUCAGGACCCACCUGUCAGCCCUGGUACAUCAUAAUAUCAUCCCGCCCGACCGGCCCUCGGGAGCUUCAGGAGGGCUCACCAAGGAUGUGUGGAGCAAGUACCAGAAGGAUAAGAAGAACUACAAGGAGCUGGAACUUCUCAGAAGAGUGUACUAUGGGGGUGUGGAACAUGAGAUCCGAAAGGAUGUCUGGCCCUUUCUGCUUGGACACUACAAGUUUGGCAUGAGCAAGAAGGAGAUGGAGCAGGUGGACGACGCCGUGGCGUCCCGAUACCAUCGGGUACUGGCAGAGUGGAAGGCCUGUGAGGUGGUGGUCCGGCAGCGGGAGAGGGAAGCCCACCCAGCCACACUCACCAAGUUCUCCUCCGGCAGCAGCAUUGACAGCCACGUCCAGCGCCUCAUCCACCGAGACUCCACGAUCAGCAAUGAUGUAUUCAUCUCUGUGGAUGAGAUGGAUCCCCCAGAUAUGGGGCCAAAGGGCCCUGAAGAUUCUGUGGCUGAGACAGGGCCCACAGCAGGAACACCUGGCACUGCCAUGGUGGAGCAGCAGCAGUCUGUAGAAUUCGACUCUCCAGACUCGGGGCUGCCAUCUUCCCGAAACUACUCAGUGGCUUCUGGAGUCCAGUCCAGUAUCGACGAUGGCCAGAGUGUAGGCUUUGAGGAAGAAGACCAAGGAGAGGAGGAAGAAGAGGAGGAGCUGGGCCGAUCUUCUUCUGGGCCCCGAGCCUCCCUCUAUGAACCCCCAGACCCUACCCAGGAGGACACUCCACAGUCUGGCGAUCUGGGGGCAGGGGAAGAACUGGCUGCUGUCUGUGCUGCUGCCUAUACUAUAGAGUUACUGGACACUGUGGCCUUGAACCUCCACCGGAUCGACAAGGAUGUGCAACGGUGUGACAGAAACUACUGGUAUUUCACUCCCCCCAACUUGGAGAAGCUUCGAAACAUCAUGUGCAGCUAUGUAUGGGAGCAUCUGGAUGUGGGCUAUGUGCAGGGCAUGUGUGACCUGCUGGCACCUCUCAUGGUCAUCCUCGACAAUGAUCAGCUGGCCUAUAGCUGCUUCAGUCAACUCAUGAAGAGGAUGAGCCAAAACUUCCCUAACGGUGGGGCCAUGGACACACACUUUGCCAACAUGCGCUCACUUAUCCAGAUCCUGGACUCAGAGCUCUUUGAACUGAUGCACCAAAAUGGAGACUACACUCACUUCUACUUCUGCUAUCGAUGGUUCCUGCUAGAUUUCAAGAGAGAACUGCUCUAUGAGGAUGUCUUUGCUGUGUGGGAGGUGAUCUGGGCUGCCAGACACAUCUCUUCGGAGCACUUUGUCCUGUUCAUUGCCUUGGCCCUGGUGGAAGGAUACCGGGAGAUCAUCCGAGAUAACAACAUGGACUUCACAGACAUUAUCAAGUUUUUCAAUGAGCGAGCAGAACAUCACGACGCCCAGGAGAUCCUGAGGAUAGCCAGGGACCUGGUCCACAAAGUACAGACGCUGAUUGAGAACAAGUGA